AUGUCAACCCUCUUAGAGCUGAAGACGGAGGAGGAGUGGAACCAACAUGCGGCUUCUGUCCCAUCAUCCACUCUUCAGGUCAUCUAUUUCAAAGCCGAAUGGGCUGCACCAUGCAAGCAAAUGACAACAGUACUUCAAACCCUUGCCUAUUCCUACCCUAUUACUGAGCCUCUAUCUACAUCAUGGGUUGCCUUGGAUGCGGAGGAUGUCCCCGAUGUCAGCGAUUCCUUCGACGUUACCGCCGUACCAUUCCUUGUCCUACAACGAAAUGGCCAGGUUCUGGAGACUGUUAGUGGAAGUGAUGCCAUGAAAGUUCGUGCUGCUAUUGAGAAGCAUGCAAACUCUCCAACCACCGGUACUGCCGUCAAUGGCACAACAGUCAGCCCAGCAAAUAGUGGAGCCGCAGCAAAGAACCUCAGCAAUUAUGCGCCAACCCCACAAGAUCCUGCCACCGCCCCGGAACUAUCGACUGCUGGGGUCAAGGAGGACAAGGAAUCACUGCAUAAAAGACUUUCUUCACUCGUCAAGGCUGCUCCAGUAAUGCUGUUUAUGAAGGGCACACCAAGUGCUCCUCAGUGUGGCUUCUCGAGACAAUUGGUUGCUCUUCUGCGAGAGAACUCGGUCAAGUACGGAUUCUUCAACAUUCUGGCAGAUGAUGAGGUUCGGCAAGGAUUAAAGGAAUUUGCGGACUGGCCGACAUUUCCUCAAUUAUGGGUUGAUGGUGAUUUGGUUGGCGGCUUGGAUAUUGUCAAGGAAGAAAUGGGCAACGAUCCUGAAUUCCUCAAGGCAUACAGUGUGUCAAAGGCUGCUCCCGCAGCUUCCCCCCAACAAACAGCUACCGCAACUGCCGAGAGCACCACAUAA